AUGGCUUUCGGUAAGGAUAUGGACGCCUGGGCCGGCGACACCGGUCUCUCCCUCGUCGAGAGGAAUGAGAAAAAGUCUCGCUUCGCCAUCUCUUGGGCUGAGGCCAAGCUGCUCACCAUUGCUGGUGUCGGUUUCCUCAUGGAUGCAUGGGACUUGUUCAUCAUUAACAUGAUCUACGCGAUCAUCCUCGUCGCUUACUACCCCAAGAACACCAAGAAUAUCGACUGGGGUCUCGAAGGCGGUGUGCUCAAGGCCUCCGCCAACAUUGGCAACAUUGUUGGUCAGCUCUUCUUCGGUUUCUGCGGUGACAUGUUCGGUCGAUCUGCCGUUUACGGUAAGGAGCUCAUCAUUGUCAUCUUCGCCGUCAUCCUUCAGAUCUCUGCUCCCGACUCCAUUGGUGGCCACGGUAUCACCAUCUGGCUUGCCGUCUUCCGCUUCAUUAUGGGCAUUGGUAUCGGAGGUGAUUAUCCAAUGUCUGCCACCAUCGUUGCUGACCGUUCUUCGCUCAAGAACCGUGGUUUCUUACUCUCCUGGAUCUUCUCCAACCAGGGUUGGGGUAACCUCGUCGGUGCUCUCUUUGCCGUUAUUGUCAUUGCUGCUUACCGCCACUACGUCGAUGCUGGUCAGAUUCACAAGCUUUCCGGUGCUUGGCGUAUCCUCCAGGGUCUGACUUUGAUCCCUGCCUUCCUCGUUCUCUACUUCCGUCUCACCCUUGUCGAGUCCACCCGUUUCACUCAGGCUCGUAAGCUCCAGGACGACCCUGAGCUCAUUGCCAAAGGUCACAACAACCUCAACCGCUCCAACUCGGACGACGCUUCGCUCUCCAAGGAGAAGGCUCUCGGUGGUGCCAUGACCCCCGUUGAGGAGACCGCUGUCGGUAUGUCGUUCAAGUCGAUCGGCAAGCCUAAGAACGAGUUUAUCGAGUACUUCUCCGAGUGGAAGAACGCCAAGAAGCUCAUCGGAUGCGCCGCUUGUUGGUUCCUCGUCGACAUCACCUUCUACGGUAUCAACCUCAACCAGUCUUCCAUUCUUUCGGCUAUCGGUUUCACCAAGGGUUCCACCUGGGGCAAGCUCAUGAAGACUGCCACUGGUAACCUCAUCAUCACUGUUGCUGGUUUCCUCCCCGGCUACUUCUUCACCGCCUUCACUGUUGACAUCGUCGGCCGCAAGCCCAUCCAGCUCCUCGGUUUCGCCAUGAACGCCCUCUUCCUCGGUAUCCUUGCUGGCAAGUUCGACAGCCUCAAGCACCAGACUGGUCCUUUCUUCGUCAUCUUUGUCUUCCUCCAGCUCUUUUUCAACUUCGGUGCCAACGCCACCACCUUCAUCAUCCCUGCCGAGGCUUUCCCCACUCGUGUUCGUGCUACCGCUCACGGUUUCUGCGCUGCUUGCGGAAAGUGCGGUGCCAUUCUCUCAUCGCUCUUCUUCUCCUACCUCGCCAACAAGACCAAGCUCGGCAACACCGGUGUCUUCUGGAUCUUCUUCGGUGUUUCCAUCCUCGGUGCCAUUGUCACUGUUCUCCUCGUUCCCGAGACUAAGGAGUAUGAUGCUGACGAGGACGACCGAAAGUGCCUCGCUGCUCGCGCUGGUGUCCAGUAA